AUGCUGUCUUCUCCUACCGUGAUCCUGCAGCCUUAUGGACUUCCCGUCUAUCCGCAGACCGCUUCCUGCUACCCCAGCAUAGUACAGGGUGCCCCCGCCCAGGAGGCGGGACCAGGCAGUGCUGAUCCUGCACUCCCCCAGGUCUAUGCCCCGCCUCCUACCUACCCACCACCGGGACAAGCACCGCCCACGCCUGCUGGCAGGCUCCCACCCCUAGACUUCAGCCCCGCCCACCCCAGCUCAGACUACCAAGAGCAUCACCAGCUGAGAGUCUACCAGGGCUCCCAGCACGAGGGGGCGGAGCCUCUAUCAGCCAAUAACACGGAGGACACUUUGGCGCCUGUGACCUCUGACCCCCAGUCUCUGAACGUUUCCGUGGCGACUGGGGGCGGAGCAGGAAGUGGGAGCGAGGAGGAGGGGUCAGGGAAAGCCCAACCCAAAAGACUCCACGUCUCCAACAUCCCCUUCAGGUUCAGAGACCCUGACCUCAGACAGAUGUUUGGGCAAUUCGGCAAGAUCCUGGACGUAGAGAUCAUCUUCAACGAGAGAGGGUCAAAGGGCUUUGGGUUCGUGACCUUCGAGAAUGCCAUGGAGGCAGAUCGAGCCAGAGAAAAACUCAACGGAACCAUCGUGGAGGGACGGAAGAUUGAGGUAAACAACGCCACAGCCAGAGUGGUCACUAAGAAACCACAGACUCCUUUAGUCAACGCGGCGGGAUGGAAGAUUAACCCCGUAAUGGGAGCAAUGUACGCACCUGAGCUCUAUACUGUCGCUAGUUUCCCUUACCCGGUCCCUACGCCAACCUUGGCCUACAGAGGCUCCGCCCUCAGGGGGCGUGGCCGAGCAGUGUACAACACCAUUCGCUCAGCCGCUGCUGCUGCUGCCGCCACGCCCACCGCAGUCCCCGCCUACCCUGGGGUGGUGUAUCAGGAUGGGCUUUAUGGAGCAGAGGUCUAUGGAGGUUAUCCAGCGACAUACAGAGUGGCCCAGUCUGCCUCUGCAGCCACCGCUACGUACAGUGAUGGAUACGGGCGAGUGUAUGCCACUGCUACAGACCCCUAUCACCAUUCUGUGGGUCCGACGACCACCUACGGUGUUGGCACCAUGGCAAGUUUGUACAGAGGAGGAUAUAACCGAUUCACCCCUUACUGA